AGAUGAAAACAAAAAGAGAUAGUGGAGGCCCUGCCAUGUCCUUCUCCUCCUCCUCUGUUUUUCAAACCUCAUUAAGAAUCAGAGUAAUACUGCAAAUGGGUUUAUCUAAAUCCCAUUUGACACUUCUCCACGGAAUUUUUCAACGUAUCUGGAUGUUCUAUAAAAGGCCUGAGAGUGUCUCCUUCAUCUCCACGACCAAACUCGUUCUCACCUUUAUUGGCUUAUACUCAACAAAGAGAGAGGGAGUGAUGGCGAUCAAGAACCUUGUUGCCCUCGUGGUCAUUCUUAGCGUUGUUGGAGUUUCAGUUGCAAAUCCGAAGGGUCUUGACCUCAACUACUACAAACAUAGGUGUCCGGAUGCAGAAGCCAUUGUCCGUAGUGUCACAGUCCAAUAUGUUUCGCGCCAGCCGAGUAUUGCCGCGGCGCUUUUAAGGAUGCAUUUUCAUGAUUGCUUCGUCAGAGGAUGUGAUGGUUCCAUUCUUCUGAAAUCUCCAAACAAGGAUGCGGAAAGAGACGCUAUCCCUAACUUAUCUCUCAGAGGCUAUGAAGUGGUUGAUGCCGCCAAGACGAAGCUCGAGAAGAAGUGUCCCGGUGUGGUUUCUUGCGCUGAUGUUCUCGCCUUAGUCGCCAGAGAUGCCGUCGUCCACAUCAAUGGACCAUGGUGGCCCGUUCCACUGGGUCGGAGGGAUGGACGCAUCUCAAGACAAUCUGAGGUGAAUCUACCAUCCCCAUUCGCCGGAAUAGCUGCAUUGAAGCAGAACUUCUUCGCCAAGGGUCUUAACACUAAAGACCUUGUUGUUCUCUCAGGGGGUCACACCAUUGGAAUCUCUAACUGCGGUCUUGUCAACGGCCGUAUCUACAACUUCACGGGCAAAGGAGAUUUUGACCCGUCGAUGAACCCUAGCUACGUCAGGGCAUUGAAGAAAAAGUGCAAGCCCACUGACUUCACGUCCAAGCUGGAGAUGGACCCAGGCAGUGUCAAGAAGUUUGACUCCCACUACUUCAACGUUGUGGCUCAGAAGAAGGGUUUGUUCACAUCUGACUCUACCCUUCUCGACGACCCUGAGACCAAAAGAUACAUCGAUACACAGGUCCAGUCUGCUGGCAAAUCAUUCGCCAAAGAUUUCUCUGACUCUAUGCUCAAACUCGGCUUCGUCGAAAUCCUCACCGGGAACAAAGGUGAGAUCAGGAAGAGAUGCGCCUUCGUUAACUAAUUCGAGAUUCGGAUUGAUGAUUGAGUCAAAACGAUUUCUGCUUAUUAUGUUUUUUUAUUCGAUGGUGAGAAGUCCUUUCACGGACUAGAGUCAUGUGUUUUUUAUUUUUUUUGUAUGUGGUUCAACGUUUUCCAAUGUCCUCUACUAUUCCUUUUCAAAGUCUGAAUUAAUUUGAAAUGAUUCAAACUGAAUCAAAAGCAAAGGAGAGAAAAAUGAACUUAGCUAGGCUAAAAUUCUUUAUAUAUAUAUUAGUAUUAAUUAACAAGUGAAGAUGGUAAAACAAUUAAUAUCUUUAAUCUGUAA